AAAAUGUAAAAUAUUAGUGAGUCCGCCAGGUGGCGAUCGUUGCUUAUGCAUCAUGGGAACGGUACCUGAGCGCUCACUUUGGUUGUAACCUCGAGACAAUAAACAUAACAUGGCGCAGUCGACAAAUGUUUAGAGAAAGACGAAAGAUUCUCCCGUACUGGAUUCAACAUGUCCACGUUUCAAAAUCUUCCUCCUCCAAAACCGAUGUUGGUAGAAGGUGACUUAGGAGCGAAUUGGAAGAAAUUUAAGAAAAGUUACCUACUUUAUUCGACGGCGACCGAACUCACGACGAAGAACAAUGAAACUCAAGCCGCCAUCUUGCUCCAUUGUUUGGGAGAAGAAGCACUAGAAAUUUUUGAAACAUUAGAACUUAGUGAGGAAGAAGCGAAACAGCCCAAUGUAAUUCUAGAAAAACUCGAGUUGUAUUUUAUUCCGAAAAGCAACCAAAGUGUUGAGAGUCACAAGUUCAACACUCGUGUGCAAGGACCGAGCGAAGUCUUUGACGAUUUUUUAGCAGACUUACGUAAGCUAUCGAUAAAUUGUGAAUUUGGGAAUUUACGAGAUCGAUUAUUAAGAGAUAGAAUUGUGAGUGGUAUUCGUGAUCAGAAGGUAAAAGAACGUCUACUGCGAGAAACGGAGCUAUCAUUAACAAAGGCAAUCGACAUAUGCAGAGCCGCCGAACAGACAGAGAGUCACAUUAAACUCUUGUUGAAUCAACCAAAGAAUAUAGAAGUCAACGUGAUAAAAGGAAAAUCAAGAGAACGUCUCAAUGAAUCACGUGAUCAGGAAAAUAGGUCGCGUGCAGAAACAAAGAACCAUCGAACACAGAACAAUUGUCGUGCAUAUCAAAGACCGGAAAAUAAGUUCCAAGGAAGACAACGGAAUUGCGGGAGAUGUGGUUACAGACAUAAUCAACCGAACUGUCCGGCAAUGGGCAAACAGUGUAAUAAAUGCAAGGAAUACAAUCAUUUUGCAAAAGUGUGUCGAAAUAACAUGAUAAAUGUACUGGAAAUGGCGCCAGAGAGUACAAACGACUAUGUAUUGGCUUCACUGGAAAGCAGAGGUAAGAACCUUGAUCUAGACUGGUCAGAGACUUUAAGAAUUUUAGAUUGUGAUAAAAGUGUUAGUUUUAAGAUAGAUACUGGUGCACAUGUUAAUGUAAUCCCUGCAUAUAUUUUUGAGACUCUUAAUCUAAGAAGACUGCUAAAGAAAACGAAUAUUACAAUUUAAAAUUACGGUGGAAAUAGAUUAAAGGUGCUAGGAGCGUGUGAUUUAACAGUACGAACUAAGGAUAAAGUUAAGGAACUUUUGAAUUUUAUAAUAGUCAAGACAACUGACCAAGCAGCACCUAUUUUAGGA